AUGGCCGGUUUGAAGCCCAUUUACUGUGCCACACAUCCUCGUGCGUGUAGCACUGCUUUCGAACGGCAGCAGGUCUUUAUGACCAGAAAAGACUUGGCUUGUGUCCAUGAGCCUUUCGGCGAUGCCUUUUAUUAUGGCCCAGAACGACUCAGCCCACGUUAUGAACAAGACGAAGCAGAGAGGAAGGCCAGUGGCUUCGCCAAUUCAACAUACAAGACAGUCUUCGAUCGAUUCGACCAGGAGGGUUCUGAGGGCAAACGCCUGUUUAUCAAGGAUAUGAUAUCCUACUUGGUUCCCCCAGAGCAAUUGCCCGCCAAACUCGCUCCCUCUCUCGGAGCCAGAAAGCGCGGAAUCGGCACUGAAAAUGGUGUCAAGUCGACCAAUGGUGCACCAUUCCCUUACGACACCGAUGCAGAACCAGGAAAUCCUACCAUUGUCUCAAAGGCUUUGUUGGAGCAAUUUCAGUUCACCUUUCUGAUUCGUGACCCUCAUUCCAGCAUCCCUUCUUACUUCCGAUGCACCAUCCCGCCGUUGGACGAAGUGACUGGUUUCUACGAGUUUUAUCCUCAUGAGGCAGGAUACGAUGAACUUCGUCGCUUUUUCGAUUUCGCCCGAGAGUCUGGCCUUCUCCGAAAGAACAACGCCAAUGCAGCAAAUGGGGCAACCAAUGGAACCACGAAUGGUGACACUAACGGACAUACUAAUGGCCACAUCAAUGGAAAUGGUGUUAACGGCAACGCGGGCCAUGGACAAGGUGAUAGCUCCGAUAUUUGUCUUGUUGAUGCCGACGACCUUCUUGACGAUCCCGAGAGCAUUAUCCAGCAAUACUGUCAACACGUUGGCCUUGACUUCAAUCCCGGCAUGUUGACCUGGGACAAUGAAGAGGAUCAACACCGGGCCAAGACCGCCUUCGAGAAAUGGAAGGGUUUUCACGAUGAUGCCAUCAAUUCCAAGGACCUCAAACCUCGCAAACACAAGAAGGCUGCAAAGUCCGAGGCUCAAUGGGAUGCCGAAUGGAAGGAGAAGUAUGGUGAGCAGGCAGCCAAAGUCAUCCGUGACACAGUCGAUGCCAAUAUGGAUGAUUACCUCUAUCUGAAGCAGUUUGCUUUGAAGCCAUGA